AUGCAAGAAGCUAGUAGGAUUGCUGCUUUUUUUGAUCCGCAUUUUAAACAAAUUGUUUAUUCAGAAGAUUCAACAGAUGAAAUUUUGGCCUCAAUUUGUGCAAGUCUACUAGUAAAUUCUGAAUCUAUAGUUCAGUCUCCAUAUAUUUCAAAGCGUAUCCAAUUUAUACAAGAAUAUAAUAAAGCAACUAUGUCAACUACAACUUCUGAUUUAGAUGAACUUACUCGAUAUUGGAAAAUAACUGCAGCACCUGAAGAAACUUCU